AUGUCUCGGAUCGGUGUAUUUGGCCAGAUUUCCGAGAUCACCGACCAUCUGUUUCUGUCCGGUGCCGGCUGUUUGAAACCGGAAAAAAUCAAACAAAAACGAAUUGUUUUCGUUGUGAAUGCCACAACUGAAGAACCGAACUCGUAUAUUCAAGGUGUUGAAUACAUGAAAGUUCGGAUAGAUGAUCAUCCAUAUGCCCGGAUCCAAGACUACUUUGAUCAAGUCGCUGACAAAAUAAAAGCUGUCAAGGAUCGCGGUGGCAAGACACUGGUUCACUGUAUGGCAGGUGUGUCUCGCUCAGCUUCUUUGGUGAUGAUCUACCUCGUGAAACACGAACGGAUGACGUUACGGCAGGCUUAUCACUACGUUCGAUCAGCACGACCAGUGAUACGACCUAAUGUGGGCUUCUGGAAACAGAUGGUCGACUUUGAAAGGAGACUGCGAGGUGUGGCUUCGGUAACGAUGGUGAUGACAAACCAGUGUGAUCUACCGAUUCCUGACAUCUACGUCGACGAUCUGAAACGAGCUCAGGAACGUGAACAACUCCAGCAGAAGACGACGGUCAGCAGCAGCAACGGAAGCAGCUCAGCGUCAUCGCUUAUUCGACCUCCCGUACCGGUGCUGUCAUCAACGAAACGCCGAGGAUACUCAGCA